AUGGCAAGGCCUUUCAGUGCGCGGGCGAGUCAAGGGGGCUUGAGCAAUGCCCCCAAUGAUAGUUCCUCCAGACCUCAAGACGAAAGCACAGAACCUCUACAACCACCGAGAAAAUCCAGCUAUAGUAUACCUCGAGGCUUCGACAAGCUUCUUCAUCACGAGCCCGAAUCAUUACCAAGUCCUCAGCCUCGACGUCCAUCCUCACAAAACCGGUAUCACCUUCAUGUACGGCAGCACCCAGUUGCUGCACGGGCUUGCGGUGCAGGCGAUAGGGACAGACGCCCAAUCGACCCACCUCCCAUAGUCCAAAUCCUUCUUUCGGAUUUUGAUUCGGCAUUGCAAGAGGAUCGUGACAUCUUGCAGGACCCUCGCUUCACAGUCGGUUGCCUGUUAAUUCCUGUGGCCGAGUCCACGAGUGUCCCGAACUCUGCAGAAGGAAGCAAUUCGCAACACGCGGGACACGACAUUGACGGGUUGCUUAGUGCAGAUGAGUCUCCAUCCACACCGCUCCUAUCUGGCAAAGCGUUCAUGUCUCCGUUCUACGUGGACGCGGAUCCCGAUCCAAAUUCAGCCCCCAAUCAUCCACGGUCUACGUCGGACACAAGUUCCCGGGUUUGCCCUCUAGGAGAACAUGAAUUCUCCGAGUCUCAUAUCAAUACAAGCAACGCUUCGAAGCUCAAUCAACCAGCAACAUUCUUCAUAUUUGCAGAUCUGUCCAUCCGCUCCGCAGGUCUCUAUCGACUGCAAUUUCGCUUGAUGAAUUGGGGCUCUGUCGAAGAUACGGGACAAUCGAUGCCCAUUCUGGCAGAGGUGUGGUCUGAUCCUUUUCGGGUUUACGCCGCGAAAGACUUUCCAGGAAUGCGCGACUCAUCAAUCCUUGUCGAGGGCUUGAAGGAACUUGGUUUCGUGGAGUUGAAGACCCGGGGAAAAGGGAAAGGCAAAGGGAGAAAACGGUUAUGA